AUGCUGGGGCCGCCGGUCUGGGCGUUGGUUGCUGGUGUCCUGCUGGCGCUGUCGCCGGGCCGGGCGGGGGGCGCCCCGAAGGCGGGCCGGCGGCCAGCACGGGCGCGGGGCUGCGCGGACCGGCCCGAGGAGCUCCUGGAACAGCUGUACGGGCGACUGGCGGCCGGCGUGCUCGGCGCCUUCCACCACACGCUGCAGCUGGGCCCGCGCGAGCAGGCGCGCAACGCCAGCUGCCCGGCCGGGGGCAGGCCCGCCGACCGCAGCUUCCGGCCGCCCACCAACCUGCGCAGCGUGUCGCCCUGGGCCUACAGGAUCUCCUACGACCCGGGCCGCUUCCCGCGGUACCUGCCCGAGGCCUACUGCCUGUGCCGGGGCUGCCUGACCGGGCCACGUGGGGAGGAGGACGUGCGCCUGCGCAGCGCCCCAGUGCUCGUGCCCGCGGUGGUCCUGCGCCGGACCCCGGGCUGCGCGGGCGGUCGCGCCGUCUACGUCGAGGAGUAUGUCACCGUGCCCGUGGGCUGCACCUGCGUGCCCGGGCCGGACAAGGACGCGGACGCCGCCAACUCCAGCCUGGACAAGUCGGCCCGGCCCUGACCGCCCACCCGGGACCCUCGGCCCGAGGAAACGCGCCCAGCAGUGGACCAGAUCGGACCAGACCGCGUGGUGGGCCGCCCCGGACUUCCUCGAGCAGGAGCGCAGGGCAGCCGGAAGGUGAUGGGGACUGAGCGGGGUGGCCCGGCUCGCCCCCAGGAUCACGGGAGGGGUGAGCCUCAGAGGACAGACGGAUGCUUGCAGUCUUUUUUGAAAAGUAGUGUAAACCAUUUAUUCAGCUAUUUUUUCAAUAGGGGCAGGAACAAAGUAUUUUCAUAUUAGCCAUUCUGAGCAAGUAUAUUGUUUUUACCUGACCUGUAAACAUUUCAUAAACAUUGUUUUCACUUCCUCAGCAGGAAUUUUUAGAAGCUCAGGUAGGCUGACUUUUGCUUCGGUUGGUCACCAGUGGACACGCCUGGACAGGACCUGCCCUCCCUAUGGGCAGCUCAGCUCACCCCAGUCUCACUUUAUUCAUGAUAUAAAUCACCACAGGUUUAUACAGGUAGAAAGUUUUUCACUUUUCAAAGUCAGGGGCCAGUUUGUGAAAAAGAGACAGUGAGGUCAGAGUGUGGUAUGUGAGGUCUGUGCCGAUUCCCAGGUACCUGGCUAGUUUUAAGGGCUUCAGGAGCUAUUAAGUGGGCAGACUUACAGUUUCCAGAAGGCAGGAGUGGAGCCUCAUCUAGCACUGCAGCUAAACCCCAGAACUAUUUGUAAACGUGAGACCUUCUUAACUCGAUUUAUGUAACAUCUGUAGGUAGGUGAAGGGCAUGCUGGCUGUGAUGGGCUGGACUCGGCUUUGAUGGGCUCAACUAGUUCUUAGAGGAAACGAUGUUUAAGGUUUUAAAAUUUUAUGGUUGAAGUUUUUAAGAGACUGUGAAGUCAGCCUCUCUGUUUAUGUGCUCUCUUCCCCACUUACCAUCAGCCUUGGUUUGAUCUGAAUGGAAGCUUUACUAAGAACUUCCAGUUUGUAUUAUAUAUUGACAGAGGUUGUACAUGAAAAACAGUGCUGAGCAAAAUUCAUAUUUUCCAAAUAAAAAUUCA